CCAUAUUGUAAACAAAGGCUACAACUUCAAGCUUUAAUUGCUUACAGUUUUUUUUUUAUCCUAUCUUAUAUCCAUAAAAAUUUCUUUUGGAAAUGUCUUUAUGAUACUUCUCACAGACUUAUCUCCUAUACUGUUUACUCUCUUUUAUCAAUGUUAUAUUUCAUUCUUGUAAAUGUAGCGGAGCAUCAUCUAUAAAAUUUUGAACGCUAAGGUGAUUGUAGGUCAAAGAAAGCUGAUAGCAAGAUAACUUGCAAUCAUGCACCAAACUAUAGAAGAAACUUUAGAGAAAUAUAUACCACAGGAAGAAUUAAAUGGAGUUAAAAGCAUUUUAUUUGGACGUAAAUUAGAACCAUUAUAUAAAAAAUGGGAAAAUGAAGAUUUUGAAAUGCAAGGAUGGAGCUUACAUAGUGAUAUCACAGAAGAACUCCGUCCCGAACGUCUAGUUACUGUCGGACUAAUACAACACAAGAUUGUAUUACCAACAACAAAGCCCAUUUUGAGCCAACAAGAAGCGAUACAUAAAAAAAUUGCAUCAUAUAUUAAAAAGGCAGCUGAUCAUGAUGUUCAGAUUUUAUGUCUCCAAGAAGCGUGGAAUAUGCCAUUCGCUUUUUGUACAAGAGAAAAAUAUCCAUGGUGUGAAUUUGCAGAAGAAGCUGAAACUGGUCCCGCAACCAUGUUUCUAUCUAAAUUUGCUAAACAGUAUAACAUGGUAAUAAUAUCGCCGAUUUUGGAAAGAGACUCUGCUAACGGUGAUACUAUUUGGAAUACUUGUGUAGUGAUUAACACAGAUGGAAAAGUCCUUGGGAAACAUAGGAAGAAUCAUAUUCCUCGUAUUGGAGAUUUUAACGAGUCCACUUAUUAUAUGGAAGGCAAUACAGGACAUCCAGUUUUUAAUACACCUUAUGGAUGUAUCGCAAUUAACAUAUGUUACGGACGUCAUCAUCCAUUAAAUUGGUUGAUGUUUGGUUUGAAUGGAGCAGAAAUCGUUUUUAACCCAUCCGCAACUGUUGAAGGAUUAUCCGAACAUUUGUGGCCAAUUGAAGCAAGAUGCGCCGCUAUAGCGAAUAAUUACUAUACUUGCGCUAUCAAUCGUGUGGGUACCGAGAUUUUCAAUCACGAAUUUACAUCUGGUGAUGGAAAACCAGCACAUAAAGAUUUUGGACAUUUCUAUGGCUCUAGUUACAUUACUGCUCCUGAUGGUACACGAACUCCAGGUUUAAGUCGUCACAAAGACGGACUUUUGAUUGGAGAAUUGGACCUAAAUCUAUGCCGACAAAUGAAAGACAUAUGGGGAUUUAGAAUGACACAAAGACUUGAUAUGUAUGCUAAAGAACUUGCUGAAUUCACAAAGCAGAAAUGAGAUUUAGGAUAUUUACAGAAUAUUUACAUCAUUCCUAACUCCAUAAAAUUUGUGAAAAUUCAACAAUGCAUUUUGCAAUUCAUCAGAGGCCUAAUAUUUUAUCUAAAAAUAUAAACUUAUCUACCAAUAUAUUAAAUAAUUUCAGAAAGAGAAUAUAUAAAAACUUAUAUUUUUCCACAAUAUCGA